CCCAAAGUUGCUAACUCAGCUUUCACAAAAAGAAACAGCAACUAAAACUCACAAAUUCAAUUCCUGCUGGACCCCAAAACUCAGAAGUCACAAGAGCUUAUUCGGACUGCAAAGUGCAAACCAAACAUCCCGACGAUUAUCUCUUGAGGUUAAUCCAUGGCGACAGUUCGAAUGAUAGACAUUGCCGUCAACUUCACAGAUAGCAUGUUCAAGGGUGUAUAUAAUGGAAAACAAUGCCAUUUACCUGAUAUUGCAGCAGUUUUAACUAGGGCUUGGAGCGCUGGCGUUGAUCGAAUUAUAGUGACAGGAGGAUCACUUGAGGAGUCAAGGGAAGCUUUAGCUAUUGCAGAAACUGAUGCAAGACUAUUCUGUACAGUUGGAGUGCAUCCAACAAGAUGCAAUGAGUUUGAUGAGAGUGGAGAUCCAGAAAAGCAUUUCCAAGCACUAUUGUCGUUGGCUAAAGUUGGAGUUGAGAAAGGAAAGGUAGUGGCAAUUGGUGAAUGUGGAUUGGAUUAUGACAGAACUCACUUUUGUUCACCAGAGAUUCAAAAGAAGUACUUUGAGAGACAGUUUGAAUUAGCACAUGUCAUGAAGCUUCCAAUGUUUCUUCAUAUGCGAGCAGCUGCUGGGGAUUUCUGUGAGAUUCUUGAACAAAACAAAUACAGGUUCUAUGGUGGAGUUGCCCACUCAUUUACGGGUACUCCUGAAGAUCGUGACAAGCUUCUGGCAUUCAACAAUCUCUUUAUAGGUAUAAACGGUUGCUCUCUGAAAACACCUGAAAAUCUUGAUGCGUUAAAGGGUAUCCCUCUUGAUAAAAUGAUGAUCGAGACAGAUUCUCCUUAUUGUGAAAUAAAAAACACUCAUGCUGGAAAGAAUUUUAUAAAAUCCACCUGGCCUUCUAAGAAAAAAGAAAAAUAUGAUCAAGAUUGCCUAGUCAAAGGUCGAAAUGAACCUUGUUUAAUCCGGCAAGUUCUUGAAGUUGUUGGUGGUUGUAAAGGAGUUGCUGACAUCAACCAACUCAGCAGAACCCUUUACCAUAAUACAUGCAGGGUUUUCUUUCCCCAUGAUUUGGAUUCUGCAGCAGAUGCUCUUCUUUCUGGUGGACAAGAUUCCAAAUAAGAUAAUUUAUUUGUUUGUUUUUUUUUUUGUUUUUUUUGGUAUGGAAGUAUGUUGGUAUUUUUAACAUACAUGGCAAAAAUUAAAUCGAAAAAAGUAACUACAUUGGUUUUUAU